UAUUUAAUAUAGGGGCGGGCCACACUCAAGUAGGCUACCUAAGCAAACCUUGUAUGUACACUGCUACUUCUGGUUUGUGGAGAUGGCGUCGUUGGCAGCAAUAGAGCCAGGGCUAACCCCAGGGACAUUACUGAAAGAGGAAUCCGUAGUACCAGUUUCUAUAUUCGCACCGGACUGUGGGGACGACCUUUCAGGGGGAGAGUGCUUCGAAGACGGAGAGAAUGUUAACGGCGAGUCCGAGGAUCAUUUAGACUUUACUAGCAAGCUGACUCUGGUCAGCCCCACAGGAGAACAGUAUGACUCGUUACUACGGCAACUCCGAGAGAGGAUGGAUGAAGGAUGUGGGGAGACCAUUUAUGUUGUGGGAGUGGGCUCAGACGGAGGUGACUAUGGUCUGGACGAGGGGGACAUGGAGGCGUCAGUGGCCACUGUUCAAUCCCUGUGUGAGCAGAUAGAGGCAGACAUGAUCCUGCUGAGAGAACGUAGUGACGCAGGGGGGAAAGUACGAGACUACCUCAUCCGCCGACGGGUCGGAGAGGAGGACUUCCUGGAAGUGAGGGUGGCGGUGGUGGGUAACGUGGAUGCCGGUAAGAGCACCCUGCUGGGGGUGUUGACCCACGGGGAGCUGGACAACGGCAGGGGGUUCGCCAGGCAGAAGCUCUUCCGACACAAACAUGAGAUGGAGAGCGGCAGGACCAGCAGUGUGGGGAAUGACAUCCUGGGCUUCGACCAGGAGGGACAUGUGGUGAAUAAGCCAGACAAUCACGGGGGCAGUCUGGACUGGACUAAGAUCUGUGAGAGGUCCUCUAAGGUCAUCACCUUUAUAGAUCUGGCCGGCCACGAGAAGUAUCUGAAAACCACUGUGUUUGGAAUGACCGGACACCUACCAGACUUCUGUAUGCUCAUGGUGGGCAGUAAUGCAGGUAUUGUAGGGAUGACCAAGGAGCAUCUAGGUUUGGCUCUAGCCCUGAAUGUACCAGUCUUUGUAGUGGUGACCAAGAUAGACAUGUGUCCAGCCAACAUCCUAGCAGAGACACUGCAUCUGUUACAGAGGUUACUGAAGUCCCCAGGAUGUAGAAAGAUCCCUGUACUGGUUCAAAACAAAGAUGAUGUUAUCGUCACUGCAUCCAACUUCAGCUCAGAGAGGAUGUGUCCAAUCUUCCAGGUCUCCAAUGUAACAGGAGAGAACAUGGACCUUCUGAAGAUGUUCCUCAACCUACUGUCUUCUAAAACCUCCUAUAGAGAAGAUGAGCCUGCCGAGUUCCAGAUCGAUGACACCUACUCAGUACCGGGUGUGGGCACAGUAGUAUCCGGCACUACGUUACGUGGAUUGAUACGACUCAAUGACACGCUGCUGCUCGGCCCAGACCCCCUGGGCAGUUUCCUCUCCAUCGCUGUCAAAUCUAUCCACCGCAAGAGGAUGCCAGUCAAAGAGGUCCGGGGGGGACAGACCGCCUCCUUCGCACUCAAAAAGAUCAAGCGUUCCUCCAUCAGGAAGGGGAUGGUGAUGAUCUCUCCCAGACUAACACCGCAGGCUACCUGGGAGUUCAUGGCUGAGAUACUGGUCCUGCACCACCCCACCACCAUAUCACCACGAUACCAGGCUAUGGUGCACUGUGGCAGCAUCAGACAGACAGCCACCAUUCUGACCAUGAACAGAGACUGUCUACGUACCGGGGACAAGGCCUCAGUCCACUUCAGAUUCAUCAAGACCCCUGAGUACCUCCACACAGACCAGAGACUGGUGUUCAGAGAGGGACGCACCAAGGCUGUGGGCACCAUCACCAAGCUGCUCCAGUCAGUCACCAAGGCCCAGCAGGCCAAGAUGCAGUCCACGAAGAAGGGCACCACGUCAGCCAAUGAGGAGGCAGGAUCCGCACCGCGGCCCGACAGCCCCAACGCAGGACAGCUACCGACAGUGGGGGAGGAGGAGACGCUAUGUAAAGACGGCAACAAAGAGAACCAGCCCAAGUCAGGAGGUGGAGGCAGGAGGAGAGGGGGUCAGAGACACCGAGGAAAAGCCCUGAACAGCACAGCAUCACCAACAUCACAACACACACCAGCUGCAGCAGGAGUGGGCACCACUGCCUAACCCCUCCACCAUGUCCUCUCCUUCCUCUCUCUAUACUCACCUCUACAUCCUCCUCCUCUACAUCUUGUUUUGUAAUCAUUCUUCUUCCAAUUGGGGGAGAAGGAAUGAAUGUAGCAAAGAAAAGGAGGACUAGAAGUGAAACAUGCAUUAAUCCUAAAUGAUACAGCUUAACAUGUACAUCCUAGUUAGAUCACCAUUACAGAGUAGUUCUAGAACAUCGUUAAAUGUCACUAUGGCAACUAACGACUGAACUGGCCCCUGGAAUAUAGCAGAAAGAAACUGUUUAUUCAAUCUAACAGACACGGUGUAGUAAUAGAAACAAACAAGGUUUAGUUUUUAUUACAGAUUCAUUAUGUAGACAGGAACGAAAUGGUGUUGUUCAGGCACACAGAUCUAACUGUUGUCUUAAGGGGUCGUCAUCCAGUCUAAUAAUAACUGACUCAAGAUUCAAUCUAACAGGAAAUAAAUGGCGUAGGUCACAAGGUUUAGAUGAAAUCUAACAGACCGGACCUGGCAUAGGAGUCUCGUGGUUUAGAUUUGUUAUUCGAUUCAUUAUUAUUUAGACACAAGGUUUCCACUCAAUCUAAUAGAACAGGAUACAGUGGGGGGGAAAGUAUUUGAUCCCCUGCUGAUUUUGUACGUUUGCCCACUGACAAAGAAAUGAUCAGUCUAUCAUUUUAAUAGUAGGUUUAUUUGAACAGU